AUGUGAUGUGCGGUUAACAGUGACAGAUAGAAUGUUCGACUGGUGGUUUCAGUGAAAAGAGGAAAUUGUUCUGUGCAAAGUGUUUGCUGGUUAGAGAAACCUCGGAGAAAGCGACCCGGGAGGCCGGAAGACUUCGCCAUGGAGAACGCCAAUAGUCUGCAGCUACCGAAACCGGCGAAACCGGUGAAAAAUGCCACAACAUCUCCGCUUAUUUCACCCGUCAAACAACCGACGCUGGGGACGAAAACAUCAUCAGGCUCUGCCACCGGCAACCCACGGAACAAAACGGCCCUGAAGCCGGGCCACUCGCUGAUGGACUGGAUCCGGUUGGGUAACUCGGGUGUCGAUCUGACCGGCACAGGUGGACGCGUACAGCCGGUAAACCAUGCGGAACUGGCCAAGCACAAUCGGCCCGACGACGCCUGGAUGGCGAUCCGGGGGAAGGUGUACAACGUGACGCGCUACAUGGACUUUCAUCCGGGAGGACCCGACGAGCUGAUGCGUGGCAUUGGCAAAGACGCAACGAAGCUGUUCGACGAAGUGCACGCUUGGGUGAACUACGAAUCGUUGCUGGCCAAGUGCUACAUAGGGCCGCUGCGUACCACGGUCACCAUCACGCUCACGGAUAGCGGCAAACCGAACAGCAAGCUUCCUCCGCCGCCGCCCUCCUUCCUGGCCGUCAAACCAAUCGUCCCCGCCCAAGCUGCGCCAACAACUAGCGCCGACGACCAAAGGGUCACGGUCCUGCCCGCGAGCUUCUCGAACGCCUCGAUCGUCAGCUCCGACAGUGACGAUUCGUUGAAGCUUUCCAUUCCGAUCGUCCCGCGAUUCGAUUGGAUCCAGAAGACGGCCGACCUCACCCUGAUCUUCUACACCCGCACCCUGGCCAACCCGGGUGUGAUCGUGGAGUACGGGGAACGGGAGGACGACCCGCUCACGGUGACCAUCCUGCUUGAGGCCAGCACACAGUAUCGCUAUCGGUUCCGGUUGGCCAACCCCGUUCGGUGGCCCUGCACGGUGCGUACUUCGCUGGAAACGGGCAAGAUCGAGCUGACGUUCGCCAAAGCAAUCCCGGCCCUCUGGACCGGCUUCGGUGAGAUGGAGCACGAGCGAAAGGAGAACUGUGAGAUGCAGCUGCACGAGUACGACGUGACGACGAGGCUCGAGAUCACGCACGACUCCUGCGCGCUGCUGCUGAAACCCAAGAGUGAUCGACUGCUGAUGGUUACCCCGGUCGGGUAUCACGUGUCGGUGUCGGCCUCGAUCGAUGGAGAGUACGUGUCGCGGAGCUACACACCCGUACCGCCCGGUUGCAUCGGAACGGACUGUCCGAUCGGCUCGGUGCCGUUGCUCGUCAAAUCGUACCCGGACGGAAGCCUCUCGAAGCACCUAACACGGCCGGUCCCAUUGGCCACGGCGCUGCAGGUGUCGCAGCCGAGCGGGAACUUUGGGCUGUGCAAACUGCGCCAUCACAAUCGGUUCGCGCUGCUGGCGGCCGGCAGUGGACUAACGCCAAUGGUGGCCUUACUGAACUAUCUGCUCGAUCGCACCAGCAACCGGAUAGAACACAUCGCCGUGCUGUACUUCAACAAAACCGAAGCGGAUAUCUGGUGCCGGGAGAUGCUGGAAAAUUUAUGCAAAAAGGACAAAAGGCUAACGGUGGUGCAUUACCUGUCGGAAACGGAACAGCCGGAUAUUGCUGUGCCGGACGUCCGCGCGCAAACGAGCACCGCCCAUGGUCGCGUAACGCUCGACAUCGUCCGCCAGCUGACAACGGGCGAGUCGCCGGCGUACGCGAGCUACUGCUGCGUCUGUGGCCCGAAACCGUUCAAUGAGCUGUGCCUGCAGUACUUCGCGCAAACGGAUCAUAACCCCAAACAUCUGCACUGCUUUCAGGGUUAGGCUGGCCGAACCCGAUCCCGCCAGUGCGGUGCAUUGUGAUAGAGAAAGCCACGGUAACACUCACGUCGGUGUGUACCGCGGGAACCAUAUUGAAUUUAAGCUGCGUAUGUUUGUGCAUCGGACGCGGGUUCGAAAGUAGAACAUAAGCUUUUUAGGUCACGCCACACUAGGAGCUGAACAAAGGAUUAACCACUAACCACUAUGAACCAAUUCGGAACACCAGAAGCACCAAGCACCAGCCAGUGUAGCGUAGAUCGCCAGAUAGAUUUGGCAUUCACUUCACGGUAGUCGCACUUUGUCGCUGUCGCUAUCGUUUGAGGGACCCACCACAAUCAUCGUUUCUUGUUGUUGGCAGAAUGUUGUAUUAUUGUCGUGUGGCAGAGAAGUACGAACCGAAACAGGAGGCAAACAAGAGCCACAAUCGAACCAAACAGAUACACACAGGACAUACGGAUGCAACGGAUAUGAUAGAUUGGGCAGAGCGCACGGGAGCUGUUUUUGUACAUCAUUAUCGGAUAAAAGAUGAUAGACUUGCCUUUCGGUUCUAAGUGGACAGCAAACUGCAACGCCUCCACCCAGCGGAGACACCAGCCUUAUGUUCACCAGCUUCUUUUCUCGCGAACGGUGUAGGCAAUAUAAAAACGGGGGCCAGGGCAGCAAAGUACAGCCCCCAGCUGACAGAGUAUACAACGGCCCCGAUCUACGGUUUCAUUUUUAUUCACCUUCAACAUGUGUUACCGUGGGCCACUGAUGUUUUAUAGAAAAUUGAAAUCCUUUACCCGAACCCCGGCCGCAUUCUGGGCGGAGAUCCA